AUGUAUGAAAUUGGACUGGAUGACCUCAAAUUCAAACAGAGUCUAUUAGUCAAGGAUCUCACCAUGCAAGCAACAUCGUAUAGUCAUCCUUUAAUCUGUUUCUCUUGCAGAAACAUCAGUACAAAUUGGAAGACUAAGUGUACUGUCAAAAUCCAUGCACCAUAUCCCUCCCAACUGGAUCGGAAAUGUGAAUUAAGUGGGAGACCUCAUGGUUAUAAUUCUCCUAGGCCCAUAAAAUCAAACCGAUUGUUUGUGCUUCAUAACACAGGUGACAGCCAUCCAUCUGCUUCUACAGUAGAUGAUGAAAUGAACACAAACCAUGCUCCAAGUGGCAUGUCACCGGCAUUUCUCAGCAACUGGUCACCUCCCAGGUACCUGUGGAGGGGGUUAUCAGUUUUAAUCCUAGCAGGGCAGGUAAUUGUCAAGACUCUAAAGGGAAAGAUUCAUUGGAGGAACACUCUUCAACAACUGGAGAGAGUUGGUCCAAGAUCAGUUGGGGUGUGCCUUUUAACUUCAGCUUUUGUGGGCAUGGCCUUCACAAUUCAAUUUGUAAGAGAGUUCACAAGGUUGGGAUUGAACAGGUCUGUAGGUGGGGUUUUAGCUCUGGCUUUCUCAAGGGAGCUAAGUCCUGUGGUUACAGCAAUUGUGAUUGCAGGGCGCAUUGGAAGUGCUUUUGCGGCAGAGUUAGGAACUAUGCAGGUUUCUGAGCAAACUGAUACAUUGAGAGUUCUUGGUUCAGACCCUGUUGAUUAUCUGGUGACGCCAAGAGUGAUUGCCACUUGUAUUGCCCUACCACUGUUGACCCUCUUAUGUUUUACUUUAGGGAUGGCAUCUAGUGCACUUCUUGCUGAUGGUGUUUAUGGGGUGAGCAUCAACAUUAUCCUGGAUUCAGCUCAGCGAGCUCUCAGAUCAUGGGAUAUUAUUAGUGCAAUGAUCAAGUCACAGGUUUUUGGUGCUAUCAUAUCUAUUGUGAGUUGUGCAUGGGGAGUUACAACUUUGGGAGGUGCUAAAGGAGUUGGUGAAUCAACAACCUCAGCUGUUGUUAUUUCUCUUGUAGGCAUUUUCAUUGCUGAUUUUGCUCUUUCUUAUUGUUUCUUCCAAGGAGCAGGAGAUCAGCUAAAGAAUUGCAUUUAA